CUGUGCAACAAGAUCCCGCUCAUGAGCUUUCCGUCUGUCUCGCUUCAGACGUAUCCUCGCGGCCGGUGAGUCGCGCUGCCAAAUACCGUCAGAUGCAUGCCCGCUCGUUACCGAUCAUCGAGCGCAUAUGUUUCAGAAAGAACUUGAGCUCAAGCCAAAUCAAUUUUGACGGCAAAGUUGGAUAGGAUUGGUCACAACUAGGUCCAAAAGAUAUGCCUCGGCUUUGGGUUUGUACAUAAAAUUGCAAGAUGGGACUAAUAGCGCGACAAACGAAACUAAUUGACUUCCUCGUGUUUUUGGAACUGAUCGCGUCUCUUCUACUGUUAGUGGGCGUGUCUUCCGUUUGGGCUUGUCCCCGUGAAUGUCUUUGCCUCUCACAAAUACAGGUGUUGUGUAAUACGGGGAAUCUCACCGAAAUACCACAGGAUUUUCCACGCGAGACUCAAGAAAUCGUGAUCACCAAUCAAAAUAUCAGUGUCAUUCUACCGAAAACGUUCUCUCACUUAAAGCAGUUGCGGAGACUGAUUCUAGACUCGAAUAACAUAUCAGAAGUGAGGCCAUUCGCCUUCAAGGACCUGCGAGACAUGGUGGAAAUAUCCGUUCAAGACAACCCAAUUUCUCAUUUACCUGGCUUUGCUUUCGCUGGAAUCCGAAAUGUUACCAACUUAUACUUGGGCUACAAUCGCCUGACCCAAAUUGAUGGCUACGCUUUUGCUGGUACUGAACACAUCCAAAUGUUGCUGCUCAACAAUAAUCCAAUCAAGACCGUGAACAGUUCAGCCUUUUCUGGGCUGAAAAAUAUCGAGUUCCUCUAUUUGCCCGCGGGAGUACGACGCUUACAGAGUGAUGCCUUCAAUGGCUUGGAGAAUGUGGGAAUGCUCAAAUUGGCAUACUUGGACCUGACCGAAAUGUCACCAUUCACAUUUCGAGGCUUGAAGUCCGUACGAAUGUUAGUAAUCGAGAAUUCAGAUUUGGCAACAAUCAGAAAAAGGGCUUUUCACGGAAUGUCAGCGAUUGGCGAGCUAAAUAUAUCAAACAACAAGAUCGAUCGGAUUGAAGACCUCUCUAUAUCGGAAGAAGUGGCCAAUUUAACCUUGAGUGGCAAUCAUAUCCUGCAAAUCCCGCCUCCAAAUACUCUUGCCAACAUUCGAGUCGGAUCGGUAAAAGCUAUUGGCAAUCAUUUCCCCUGCAAUUGCCGUGUGCUGUUCCUGCUGGAUUCAAUUCUGGCCCGAUCAGAAGGUGAGGACAUGUUCAUGCAAAAGAAUAAGUGUAUCUCCCCUCUCAACUUGAAUGGUCGAAACAUGAGUUCCAUGCGACAGCUUGGGUUUUUGCAACAAUGCCACAAGGAGCAAAUGAUUCAAGAAGAGGAACAAAAGGAGAGGGACCGGAAAGCCAGAACCAUGAAGAAAGAACGGGAAAGGCAACAAAAGGCAAGUGAGAUCGCAUCCGACCAAUCGGAGAUGACGUUUAUGGAUAUUAGUAACUUCCACAAGGAUUCCUCGGAUGAUGGCACGUUCGGUAAUGGGUCUGAAGAAGAUGAUGUACUCGCACACUCUGGCACUGGCGGAGCUUCGAGUUGGCUUGCAUUCUUUCCCACAACCAUGACAUGGUUCACAUUGUCCUUAUUAGUCUUAUUCACGUUGGUUCCAAAUUUGAGAACCUGAAAACAAGUCAGGAAAAGACAACCCUAAAUUGCGAUUGCACUGGAAUAAAUCACACCCCGUUAACAGUC